CGGCUCUGCUGCCUGCGCUGCGUACCGGCCGCCAUUCUCGGCGAGAGGAGGCAGGUCUGCAGCCGCCCCAGAGGAUGGACAUCAGGCCGAACCACACCAUCUAUAUCAACAACAUCAAUGACAAGAUCAAAAAAGAAGAACUGAAGAGGUCCCUGUAUGCAUUGUUCUCACAGUUUGGUCAUGUGGUCGACAUUGUGGCUUUAAAGACUAUGAAGAUGAGAGGACAAGCUUUUGUGAUAUUUAAAGAGCUUGGAUCAUCUACCAAUGCUUUGAGACAGCUACAAGGCUUUCCAUUUUAUGGGAAACCUAUGCGUAUCCAGUAUGCCAAAACAGACUCUGAUGUCAUCUCCAAAAUGCGUGGUACUUUUGCUGAUAAGGAAAAAAGGAAAGAAAAGAAGAAGGCCAAGUCUAUGGAGCUGUCAGCAAAUGCAGCAAACAAAAAGGUUAUCCAGGGGGCAACACAAAAUGCAGCCAAUGCUCCAGGGACUGCAGCACAGAAUCAGCAGGUGCCUGAUAACCCACCAAACUAUAUCCUUUUCCUUAAUAACUUGCCUGAGGAAACAAACGAGAUGAUGCUGUCCAUGUUAUUCAAUCAGUUUCCUGGAUUCAAGGAAGUGCGCUUGGUGCCUGGGCGCCACGACAUUGCCUUUGUGGAGUUUGAAAAUGAGAAUCAAGCAGGAGCUGCUCGGGAUGCCCUCCAAGGAUUCAAGAUCACUCCGUCUCAUGCCAUGAAAAUCACUUAUGCAAAGAAAUAGACGGAUGCUUCUAGAGA